AUGACGUCAAACCGGAUUACUGAUUAUUUCCGGCCGGUGAGCGGAAGGCGGAAGCGGCCGCGUGCAGAAGCACAACAUCCGGGGCGAGGCCAAAGAGAGAAGUUAAGAUUGGUCGCAAAAGAAACAAAUGCAUUGCUCCCAAGGAUUUUAUCUACACGUCCCGAAGCACCUCCUAUCGGGAAAAUAUGUCACGGCUCCAGAUACGAAGCUCUUGACCCUAGGUUCAGCCCGAGGCUGACAACCCAGGUGGAAAUACUGCUCGGCGAUACUUUCGAUAUUGCUACUGCACUGGGUCCUUCUUUGUACCCCAACAACCAAAACAACGCAGAGCACGUUUGUAUUCUCAAUAUGGCCAACGCGAACAGGCCUGGUGGAGGUUGGCUAAAUGGAGCCCUUGCCCAAGAAGAGGCACUCUGCUAUCGGAGCAGCUUAAGCUCAACACUCAAACAUCGGUACUACCCCCUGCGGUUCCUCGGCGCUAUUUAUUCACCAUCUGUCCUCGUCUUCCGAGAGAGCAUUGAUAAAGGCCAUGAGCUGAUGGACUUGGAAAAGCCUGACCUUUUCCCGGUGGUGAGCGUGAUUAGCGUGGCUGCUAUUCAGGACCCAGAACUAGACCACCAACACGACCCGCCGAGGUACAAGAGCCCGCGCGAUCGCGAGGGAAUGAAGUUGAAAAUGAGAUUGAUUCUUCGAAUCGCCGCGUACAAAAAACACCGCAGGCUUGUGCUAGGGGCUCUGGGUUGUGGAGCCUUUGGAAACCCGAACGCCGAGGUUGCUGAUUGCUGGGCCGAAGUUUUGCGGGAGAAAGAGUUCCAAGGCUGGUGGGAGAAGAUCGUAUUCGCAAUCCUAGACGAUGCAAAGACAAUUGCGCAGGGGAACGGGAAUUUCGAUGUUUUCAGAGACAAGCUUCAUGGACUGACGAUAUAA